AUGCUCCCAGUAGGAGAGCUUAUAACCGUAUACUUAUAUAUGCUAGUUGGUCUAUUGUUGGUGAGGCUGAGCUUCCCUUAUCCCUCAUUAUUCUCCGCCUAUUGAUGGUUAAGGGGGAGCAGGUUCCCCAGAUGCUGGCAGCAUUGUCUCCCUCUGUGACUGAUACAUGUUCAUUGAGUGUUACAGUUGCACAGAAGAAUUCUCCAGCAACAGCUCAUUGUGCAACCAUGUAACAUCACCAUUGUGCAUCCCUGCAUUGUUUUGUAUCAUUGCCUGCAGUGUAUACACUCUAAUCCAGCAGGGAGUCUAUGAUUUGGGUAUAAACAGUUAACCACCUAUCCCCCCCCUUACCCUUCACUUUGCUGAAUGCCAAGCUCUCCUCCUUCCCAUCUCAAUGGAAGUGCAGGCAGCACUGGUGAGGUCACCACACGAGGAAGGGGGAGGAAUGCGUGGCUUGUACCUUCUCCACUACCUCUUAAAGGGACAGCGUCCUUCCAUCGUCAACACAAGAGGCUGUUCGUGUCUCUGAAAGCGCUUGAAGAUUAAUCUGCCAUGACUACAGCAAGAUACAGGCCUACGUGGGAUUUGGCUCUGGAACCAUUGGUUUCCUGCAAGCUUUGCCUUGGAGAAUAUACAGUUGAACAAAUGACCACGAUAGCACAAUGCCAGUGCAUUUUCUGUACCCUGUGUUUAAAACAGUAUGUGGAACUUCUAAUCAUGGAAGGCUUAGAAACUGCAAUCAGCUGUCCCGAUGCAAGUUGUCCAAAGAGAGGUCAAUUACAAGAGAAUGAGAUUGAAUGUAUGGUUGCAGCAGAAAUUAUGCAAAAGUAUAAGAAGUUGCAGUUUGAAAAAGAAAUCCUCUUGGAUCCGUGCAGAACGUGGUGUCCCUCGUCAUCGUGUCAGGCUGUUUGUAAACUCCAAGAGAAAAGCCUUCAGAAUCCACAACUAGUACAGUGCACAGCUUGUGACAUUGAGUUCUGCUCGGCCUGUAAGGCCAACUGGCACCCGGGGCAAGGAUGCCCAGAAACCAUGUCAAUCACGUUUCUUCCAGGAGAUUCAAGUUCUGUCUUUAAAAGCCUUGAAGAUAAAGUGCCGAUCAAGCGCUGCCCCAAAUGUAAAGUCUAUAUAGAGCGGGAUGAAGGUUGCGCGCAGAUGAUGUGCAAGAACUGUAAGCAUGCGUUCUGCUGGUACUGCCUGGAAUCCCUUGAUGAUGAUUUCCUGCUCAUACAUUACGAUAAGGGGCCUUGUCGGAACAAACUGGGCCAUUCCAGGGCGUCUGUCAUUUGGCACAGAACUCAGGUUGUGGGCAUAUUUGCAGGAUUCGGCCUAUUACUGCUAGUAGCGUCACCGUUCUUGUUACUGGCCACCCCUUUUGUUUUGUGUUGCAAAUGUAAAUGCUGCAAAGGGGAUGACGACCCACUACCAACUUAGCUAGGCUAUAUGUCUGCAGUAUAUCUUCCCAGAGCAAUUACUGUUGAAGGUUACUUUGCAUAUCGGAUCCUCCAUAUGAGCCUUACCCGUCUCAUUCAGCUUUCCCAGUCACAAAUGGUGCCAUUAUUCUAACAGCUGCUGUUGGUAAGGUGGCUGAGAUCACUCGGUUGAAUGUGAUUAAUGUGACUUACAGGAAUCCUUGAGGAGGAGAUGAAUGGAAUGUUUUUCACGUAAGACGGAGAGCUUGCACACAACAGAUUCUCAAGGCUUCUCUACAAUUGUACAUAAACCGGUCCAUUGUAUUUAAUA